AUGGCGGACGAGAGGUGGGCCUUGCUGGACAAGCUGAAAAUGGCCGUCAAGAAAAUCAAGAUUCUAAUAAACUUCAACCUAAAUAAAUGGAAACUCGCGUCCAUUGUGGGGGCAACGUCCUCUGGCAAGAGGAGGCUGAGCUUCAACGACCGGCCCGGAUUGAGGGCAUGCGUGGAUGAUGAGGGCCCGAACGAUGGCUCGGGCUCGUCCGGCUGCCGGAGCCUGCAGAGGACCAUGAGCUACCCGUCGUCAUCGGAAGAUGAUAUCGAUAAGAGGGCCGAAGCUUUUAUCGCAAACUUCUACAAGCAGCUUCAGUAUGAGAGGCAAAUAUCAUUGGAGCUGAGGCGUCCGACCAGCCGCCAUCGCCGGCUCGACCAAGCUGUUGAUGCCUUUCUUUUUUCUGCCCCAGCAACCAUGUCUCCCCAUUUGACAGACACACCGUUUCCGGCAGUCCGUACUCCUCCUCUGGCCACCUCCUCGCCGGAUUUGGACACGGUCCUCUUGCAGCCGGACAUUAGAAAGGCUCUCUUUGCCUUCUUGAAAGAUAAUCUUCCAGUUCAAUGCUUGAAAGAAGGAGAAAUCCCGGUUUCAGCCCCUCCUUCAACAUUGGUCUCCGACCACUCGACGGUCGUGGGCGUAUCCAGUCUCAGCACAGUGCAGACAACGGUCUUACCAGUCUUAGCCGUCGACAAGGCCCCCCCGACGUCUCCCCCGCCAGUCAUCACUCUCUUGGACUCUCGAGCGUCGGCCUCUUGUUUUCUAGAGCACUCAGGCGACGACCGUGAAACUCCUUCUGAUCCUCUUGCCGGCCAGGGCGCCUAUCUGGUGCUCUUGAGAUCGUCGUCGGCCCAUCUUGUGGAUGUAGAAGGCCAGCUCCAUCAGUCGACUCUCUUUGGUUCCUAG